ACAAAAAAGUCUUGUAAAGUUGGCUCCAUCUAAUCUUCUAUGAUUAACAACAACAGCAGACCAUAUCUCUCUCAUCUUCAUUUUUCUUCAUCAUCAAUUGCAAAUUCUAGAUUUUUGGUACAGAUUUAAAUAAAUUGAAUUUCAUCUUAUCCCAGAUCCUUUUCGAUACAUCAACCAUGAGUCGAUCAGAGGGACCUCACCGACCAUUUCUUCCUAUUGGGAAUCCGUUUAAGAUGAUGAUGCAUAAAAGCUCUCAUCAACCAUCAACUGUACUAACUGCUUACGAAAAAAACUUAGCCGAAAGGUUUCGCCAAUUGAAGCCAAAUAAUGCAAACGAUGUCAUCACCUUUUCAUGGAUGAAAUCUGCAUUAGGUUCCAUUUGUGAAACACUUCAUGACGUUAGAAAGCUAAUUGUAGAUUUGGAACUUCCGAUAUGUAGUUGGGAUAUCAAAUGGGUUGAUAUGUACUUAGAAAACAGUUUGAACUUGCUCGAUUUUUGCAGUGCUUAUGGAACCGAUAUUGUUAGGCAACGAUUUGGUUAUGUUAUGUUAAAAUGUGCAUUACGUGAUUUGGAAUCUGAUCAUCCACAAAAACUCAUGCAAGCAUCGUCUUCUCUUCAUGAAUGGAGGCAAUAUCAGAGUCGUUAUGACAACUCCAAGUUACAAGAUUGUUGUGACAUAAUAUGCAAGCUUGAGGCGACACUCAACUUACCCAAGAUCAAGAACAUACCCAAAGCCAAGGACUUGGUCCGAGCCAUGUAUGGACUGAAGGUUCAAACGAUGUUCAUCUUCAGCACCUGUGUGGCUGCAUUUUCAACUUCCCCUAGGCCUCUUGUAGAGUUGCAGGUACCAAAACUAUACUUAUGGCAAGAAUCCUUUACCGAUUUGCAGACUGUUAUAAAUGGUGAAAUCAAGAUCAUAUAUGCUACCGCAAAGUUUUCUCCAUUGAAAGAGCUUCGAAUAAUUGACCAAAAUGUCAAGAAACUGUACCCGCUGCUUCAUGAAGGCUUGGGUGAGGUUACACAGGAAGUUUUUGACGGGUAUUGUUCCAAUUUAAUGGAAAGUAAUGAGAAGUUUCUGAGCGGUUUAGAUGAGCUAAAAUCAGAAAUGGAUCAUUUCUUCAAAGUAGUUGUAGACGGGCGAAUGGCGUUGCUGGACAAUUUCCAACAGCAGCCACCCAGGUGCGGCAUCCAGCAGGUUAGAAUGUGAUUCCUGGUAAAGUUUUCAAUUAUUUUUCAUAGAUAUGUAUAUGUUUAUUUAGUCGGUUAUGUACUUGUCAUUUUUGUGUUGGUUUUUGUUCGAGUCUCUUCAGCGGUUGUUUUCGUUGUUAGCUUAUCAUAUAUCUUAUGUUUCUGCGUUAAACCUCUUGUAUAUAUCUACUGGGAUGUCAUAGAACCUUUCAUAGUUUAUAGUUUAUAGUUUAAAGCGUAUAAAAAGUAUGUCGUCAUUUAAAGACUAGUUAUUUAACAAAUCUUUUCCA